GAUUGCAGCUGUCAGAGAGAAUCGAGUCUUCGAAUCGACAACAACAUGGGCAACGUAAUGGAUCGCAAGGUGUCCUGCUCAGAGGCACGUGCCACAAACACCACGCCCACUCCGAUUGUGAGUGAAAAGGAGACGGAGGCGCCACUGAAGCAACAAGUGCUGGAGCCGCAGGAGAUUGUGCCCAAUUUGUCGUUCCAUUUGUUCAGCUAUCGGCAGCAAAUGGGCAGCAAGAAGCACCAGUUGAUGAAGUGGGCCACAUCCAAGUUGGUACUCACCGAGGAGCUGCUCAAGUUGCAAACGCAACGACUGGCAGAUACCAACGAGUCCUGGACCGACUUUGCAUCCUUGUACGCGGACAAGGAUGAUGAGGAGAAUCGUGCACCAACUGCUGACGAUACAUUAGUUCAGGAACUAAGCAACCUGAAAAACUAUCGAAUGGAAUUGAGGGACACCAUUCUGGAGUUUGCCCAGGAGAAGAUGAAGAAGCGGGAGAAAAAGAAGUUGAAGCGCCUGAAACGACGCACCCUGAUCUCCUCCAAGAAACCCAGCAACAAGAAUAAGAUCGACUACUGGUAUCCACAUACGGAGGUCGAGGAGACGGUGGACUUGGAUCCUCAGGAUCACACGGAAGUCAUUGUCAUCGAUUAGGUUAGCAUUAUAAUUUUAUACUUUAGUCGUUAUUCUUGUUGUAAUUGUACAUAUACACUAAUAAGCUUAGGG